AUGGACCCUCGAGACGGUGAAGCAAUUCUUGACGGAGAAACCAGCGAUUUUAGAUCCUCUGACCAUCCGGAGGAUGACAAGUCUCAGCCUCUCACGGGAGAUGGAGCCAGCCCUGGCAAAAUUUUUGUAGGAGGUUUAGCGAGAGAGACAAAUUCUGCACAAUUUCUUGAGCAUUUUGGUCAAUAUGGUGAAAUUACGGAUUCUGUGAUAAUGAAGGACCGGAAAACGGGGCAGCCUCGUGGGUUCGGGUUUGUGACUUAUGCAGAGCCUUCUGUAGUUGAUAAAGUCAUUGAGGACACUCAUAUUAUUAAUGGGAAACAAGUAGAGAUUAAGAGAACAAUACCAAAAGGAGCAGCAGGAAGUAAAGAUUUCAAGACUAGGAAGAUUUUUGUCGGUGGAAUUCCAUCAUCUGUAUCAGAAGAUGAGUUUAAGGACUUCUUUAUGCAAUAUGGAGAAGUUAAAGAACACCAAAUUAUGCGGGACCAUGCCACCAAUCGUUCUCGUGGUUUUGGAUUUAUAACAUUUGAGACAGAGCAUGCAGUUGAUGAUCUCUUGGCUAAGGGAAACAAGGUUGACUUUGCUGGAGCUCAGGUCGAGAUUAAAAGGGCAGAGCCAAAGAAACCAAAUCCGCCUCCAGCCCCAUCCAAACGAUAUAAUGAUUCUAGGACUGCAUAUGGUAGUGGAUUUGGAGAUGCUUAUGGUAGAUACGGAGGUGGUGGAUUUGGUAGUGGUGGUUACAGAGCCAGUGGGGCUUAUGGGGGUCGGGCUGGUGGUUAUGGGGGUUAUGGAGUAGGUGAAUUUGGUGGCUAUGGGGGUUAUGCUGGUGGUAUGGGGCCUUUCAGGGGAGAGCCGUCUCUUGGAUACUCAGGUCGUUAUGGAGGAAAUUUUAAUAGAGGCUAUGAUAUGGGAAGUGGCUAUGGAGGCCCUGGUGAGAUUUAUGGAGGAUAUGGUGCUGGUGCUACUGGUGGUGGCUAUGCUAGUAGCUACGACCCUGGCCUUGGGGGUGGCUAUGGCGCUGCUGGUGGUGGUGCUGGGAAUUCCUUCUAUGGAAGUCGAGGGGGAUAUAGCGGAGCAGGUAGUGGUCGAUACCAUCCUUAUGGAAGAUAGAGAGGUUGUUGCUGGGAAAAUCUCUUCGAAGUUAUAAAUGUUGUCUCAAUUUGUACCUUGUAGCUCCUUGAUGUCAUUAUUCUUAGUUUAGUUUCUUUCUUCUUUGAGGUUCAAGGAUUUGAUCAUCCUGUUUACACUUUGCCUUUACCGGACUGUAAGAGCUAAGUGGGUCUGAUUUUUGUACUUCUCUUUUGAUUGACAUUAACAUGCAAAUUUUGCAAGCUGUAUGAUUGAUUCUUGAAUGAAUACAGCAGGCAAAAAAGAAAGGAAUUCUUUUUUAAUUGAGCUCCUAUUUUCUGCUUGUUAA